AUGCCUGGGAGAGGAGCUUGUUCUGGGGCAGGCGUGGGGAGGUUACCUGGGUACUGGGUGUGUGUGCUGGUUCUCUGUGCCCUGGUGACAUGCUAUGCCAGCACAUGCCCUGCCCUGUGUACCUGCAGUGGCACCACAGUUGACUGCCAUGGGCUGGGCAUCAAAACCAUGCCCCGGAAUAUACCCCGCAACACAGAGAGAAUGGAACUGAAUGGGAAUAACCUCACACGCAUCACCAAGACUGACUUCUCCGGACUCAAGUACCUCCGCGUGCUGCAGCUGAUGGAGAAUCAGAUUGGAGCGAUAGAGCGUGGAGCGUUUGAUGACAUGAAGGAGCUGGAGAGACUGCGCCUGAACAGAAACCAACUGCAGCACCUUCCAGAACUACUGUUUCAGAAGAACCCUGCACUGUCACGUCUAGAUCUGAGUGAGAACAACAUCCAGUCCAUCCCCAGAAAGGCUUUCAGAGGAGCUACAGACAUCAAGAACCUUCAGUUGGAUAAGAACCACAUCAGCUGCAUCGAGGACGGAGCUUUCAGAGCACUGAGGAGCCUGGAAGUACUGACUCUGAACAACAACAACAUCAGCAGCAUCCCAGUCUCCAGCUUCAACCACAUGCCCAAACUACGCACCUUCCGUCUCCACUCCAACAACCUGCACUGUGACUGUCACCUGUCCUGGUUGGCCGAGUGGUUAAGACAAAGGCCUACAAUUGGUCUGUUCACCCAGUGCACAGCUCCAUCCCCGCUUAGAGGACUCAACGUGGCUGAGAUACAGAAACAUGAGUUUACCUGCUCAGGUCACUCAGAGAGCUCCGGCUUGCAGCCUUGCACCCUAGGGGGAGGUACGUGCCCUGCCAUGUGUACCUGCAGUAACAACAUUGUGGACUGCAGAGGGAAAGGCCUCACAGCUAUACCAGCCAGCCUUCCAGACACCAUGGCAGAGAUUCGUCUGGAGCAGAAUGGGAUCAAGUCAGUUCCUCCCGGUGCCUUCUCUCCCUACAAGAAGCUGCGCAGGAUAGACCUGAGUAAUAACCAGAUAUCAGAACUGGCCCCAGAUGCUUUCCAAGGCCUGAGAUCUCUCAACUCUCUAGUCCUGUAUGGGAAUAAGAUUACGGAGCUUCCCAAAGGAGUGUUUGAUGGACUAUAUGCCCUGCAACUACUGUUGUUGAAUGCCAAUAAGAUCCACUGUGUUCGGGCCAAUGCCUUCACAGACCUGCAGAACCUCUCUCUACUGUCUCUGUAUGACAACAAGAUACAGACUGUGGCCAAGGGCACCUUCGCUUCUCUCAGAGCUAUACAGACACUUCACCUGGCCCAGAACCCGUUUAUCUGUGACUGUAAUAUGAAGUGGCUGGCGGACUACCUGCGCUCCAACCCCAUAGAGACCAGCGGUGCCCGUUGUACCAGCCCCAGACGACUGGCCAACAAACGCAUCGGGCAGAUCAAGAGCAAGAAGUUCUGCUGCUCUGCCAAGGAACAAUACUUCAUCCCUGGCACCGAGGACACCCGUCUGAAUAAUGAGUGUAACAGUGAUCCAGUCUGUCCUCCUAAAUGUCGCUGUGAGUCCAAUGUGGUGGACUGCUCCAACCUCCGAAUCAACAAGAUACCAGAACACAUCCCUGCCUCUACCACUGAACUUCGUCUGAACAACAAUGAGAUCACUACACUGGAGGCUACAGGAGUCUUCAAGGCCCUCUCCCAGCUCAACAACAUUAACCUUAGCAACAAUAAGAUCACGGAGAUCGAGGAUGGAGCGUUCGAGGGGGCGGGGUCUGUCAACGAGCUCCAUCUUUCAGCCAAUCAGCUGGAUUCUGUCCGCAGCGGAAUGUUCAAAGGACUGGAGGGACUACGGAUGCUAAUGUUGAGGAACAACAAGAUCAGAUGUAUCCAUAACAAUAGCUUCACCGGCCUGCACAACGUUCGCCUGUUGUCUCUCUAUGACAACCAGCUAACUACCAUCACCCCUGGAGCCUUCGAUACCCUGCAGACACUGUCUACACUUAACCUCCUGGCUAACUCCUUCAACUGUGACUGUCGUCUGGCCUGGCUUGGUGAUUGGCUGAGAAGCAGAAAGAUCGUCACGGGCAAUCCCCGAUGCCAGCGCCCCGCCUUCCUCAAAGAGAUUCCACUACAGGACGUGGCACUGCCUGACUUCCGCUGUGAAGAGGGAGUGGAGGAGAUGAGCUGUGUGCCCAGGCCUCAGUGUCCCAGUGAGUGUACAUGUCUGGAGACUGUGGUACGCUGCAGUAACAAACACCUCCGUGCGCUGCCCAAAGGCAUCCCCAGAAACGUCACUGAAUUGUAUCUAGAUGGGAACCAGUUCGGCAUGGUGCCAAAUGAGCUUUCUACCUUUAAAUACCUCCAGUUAGUAGACCUUAGUAACAACAAGAUCAACUCUCUCACCAUCUCUUCAUUCUCCAACAUGAGUCAGCUCACCACACUGUAA